ACAUAUUGUGAAACUUUGAGAUUUUAAUGUUCGUGUUCUUUAUCUUUUCUUUAUAAAACAACGACAUAUCUGUGAUGCAUAAUUGUUAAACAGCUAUAUAAUAAUGUAUUUAGACACGAAAUUGUUGAGAAAAAUGAAUUCUUCAUAAAUUAUCAUAAUUAUUAAGAGAAAAAAAAAUUAUUGCCUGUAAAAGUCGAUUUUAUUACACAAUAUAUUACAAAUAUUGUAUUUAAUAAUAUAAUUAUAAUAAUAAACACAUAUGCUGUGUAUUAAAAAAAUAAUUCUGUUCUAUUAAAAGAAAUAAAGAUUACUACGCGUGUUAGCUAUUGUUAUAAACAUCAGUUCAUAAACUAAAUAAGUGCUUUAACUUCAGCGAUUAAUUCGUUAUUGUUAAACUUUGUAAAACCAAAAAAACAAAAAACAUAAAAAAAAACCAAAAAAAAAAAAAUAUAUUUAAAAAUAUUGACCGACAUUACUGUACAUUAUUGUUGUGAUCGCAUUUGCAGCCAAGAGUAAUUCAAUUUAAAAAAAAAAUAUUUAUGCUGUAUCGAAAAAUAUGUCCUUUUACGAAAUGCUACGAGUUAUAUAUCUAAAAACAAAAAAAUAUUGUUGAAUGUGCGUUACGUUAUAAAAGGACAAUAAAAAAAAAAAAAAAAAAAACUGCUUGACAGAAUUAUUGGAAGUUUAUUAUUUUUUAGUUAGUAGAUCUUUUUUUUUUUUAAUACACUGAGAAAAAUUAUACUGAGGAGAAAGAUAAUUAAAUAUUAUAUGAAAUAAAAACGUGUCACCAAAGAAUUUAUUAAAAGUGGGCGUUGACUAUGGAUAAGAUUCUUCAGUUGUGAACAUGAAUCAUAUGAUUUAAGAAUUCUCAGUAAGUUUUUAACCGUCAAGUAUACUUCAGGGUAAAGUUAUCGAAAUUUUUCCUUUUGUUUUCUGUGAUAUAGAAAUUAUUUUGAUAAUGAAUACAACUAAUGAAAUGAAUGAAAAUCAAAGAAAUGAUAAUGGUUUAAUAAAACUACAAAAUCCUUAUGUGAAAAAUUUAAAGAAUGACGUUCUCUAUCAUCUUGGAUUUGACACAAGUGUACAUGAUUUGAAGAAAAUGUUUGGUGAUGUUAAAUUUAUUUGCACUGGUGGGACUGAGUGUAGAAUGAAAGAAUUUGCUUAUUAUGUCGAAAAAGAAAUGUCCGACAUGUUUGAAACUGAAACUAAAGUGAUUGAUUAUUCAAAACAUUCUCAUCGUUAUGCAAUUUAUAAAAUAGGUCCAGUUCUAUCAAUAAGUCAUGGAAUGGGAGUUCCUUCACUCAGUAUUUUGUUAAUAGAAAUUUUUAAAUUAUUACAUUAUGCCGAAGCAAGGGAUCCAAUAAUUUUUCGAAUUGGCAGUAGUGGAGGUAUUGGUGUAAAACCGGGAACUAUUGUCAUUACAAAUGGUGCAGUUGAUGAACUUUUGAGACCUGACUUCGAAACAGCAGUCGCUGGUAAAUUAGUCAAAAGACCUGCAAUAUUUGAUCAAAAUUUAGUAAAAGAAUUGGAGGAUCUCGCUCUUCCCAAUGAUGAUUAUGAAAUAAAAGUGGGAAAAACAAUGUGCGCCAAUGAUUUUUAUGAAGGACAGGGUCGUCUUGAUGGUGCUUUUUGUACAUUUACCGAAAAUGAUCGUAUGAAUUAUCUCAAAAAAUUGCAAAAUUGUGGAGUUUUAAAUAUUGAAAUGGAAUGUGUCUGCUUUGGGGCACUCACUCAUUUUGCUAAAAUUAAAUCAGCAAUUGUUUGUGUCACAUUUUUAAAUCGUCUUGAAGGCGAUCAGGUUCUCGAGCCAGUAGAAGUGCGACAAAAUUUUGAAAUGAGACCUCAAAUUUUAAUUGUUCGCUAUUUACGAAAAUGUCUUAAAAAAAACUUUUUCGUAAAAAAAUAAGAAUUUCGAAUUCCUAAAACAAUGUAAAAAAAAAAUUGUAUACUUGAAAAUAAAUAUAGAAAUAAAAUUGAAAUUUAAUUAA